CCCAAAUCCGCUGAUCUUGAACUGGAAAAGUUAAAAAGAAAAUAUUUGCUUUGCUGACUUGCUUUGUUUGGUCUGGUGUUUUAAGUUUUAGAACAGUUUGUUUUUGUAGUGAUAGUGAUAGAGCUUGAACCUUAUCAAAGGCAAAGGUCACUGAAAACUGAAAAGCAAUAAAGAUAAUAAAAGUAAAUAGAGGGAAAACAUCAACAUACAACUGUCUGCAUCUUAACUGUAGAAGGAAGUGCAAAUACAUAUUGUUCAAAUAAGAUGAGCAAUGAUAGAGAUUCUCUGCUACAAAACAGUGAUGUGAAUCCCUCUACUUCCAGUGAUUAUUAUGAUCAUAUCGAAACGCAUCCUGUUCAGUCUCCCACUUGUGAAUUAACGCCACCAUCUAAUUUUCCGCAAAUUUGGGCUGCCUGUACAGCAUCUCUAUCAGCGUUAUGUGCUGGCUUAGUUUUAGGAUGGACAUCUCCAAUAUUUGAUUAUCUUACUGAUGGACAAUUUAAUAACAUUCCAAUUGACAAGAAUCAAAUGGGUUGGAUUGGUUCCUUUGCAACACUUGGGGCAAUGGCUAUGUGUAUUCCUACAGGCUUUAUUUGUGAUUUACUUGGAAGAAAAAUGGCUUUACUACUUCUCAUGGUUCCAUUUCUAGCUGGAUGGUCACUUAUAAUUUGGGCUGAAAGUAUUUUGGCACUAUAUUUUGGAAGAUUAAUAACUGGUAUGGCGAUAGGUGCUUGUUGUGUAGCUGCCCCUCUUUAUAAUGGAGAAAUUUGCCAUCAGAAUCUUAGAGGCGCUCUGGGUAGUCUUUUCCAACUCAUGGUGGUUACUGGUAUACUCCUUGCCUACACAUUCGGAGUGAUUCUCUCACCUUAUCAAUUUACAAAAUUUUGUGCCUGUAUGCCAUUUAUCUUCUUGAUGACUUUCGCUUUUCAACCAGAAACUCCUCACUACCUAAUCAAGAAAGGUGAGUUCGAAAAAGCUAAGAAAAGUCUUAUGAAACUACGAGGUACUGGAUACAAUGUUGAAGCAGAACUACUCCAAAUUGAAGGCAGUUUGAAAGAAAGUUCACAAUUAGCAAUUUCACUCCGAUAUACUUUUACCAAACGAUCAGUGGUGAAGGCUGUCUUGAUAGCCUUGGCUUUGAUGUUUUUCCAACAGUUUAGCGGCAUUAACGUCAUUAUUCUCUAUUCCAGUGAUAUUUUCAAAUCUACUGGUAUUCACUUGGACUCCAAUAUUGCCACCAUAAUUGUUGGUGCUGUGACUGCCCUUUCUACAUUAUGUGCCAGUCUCAUUAUAGAAAAAGUUGGCCGGAAACUUCUUUUAUUCAUUUCAUUAUCUGCCAUUGCAAUAAAUGCUGUAGUGUUGGCUAUUUACUUUUCUUUAAAAACCCGAGGCCAUCCAGAUGCAGAAGUACUCAGAGACAUUGGGUUUAUUCCUGUGGCUGCUGUGUGCCUAUUUGUUUUGUCAUUUUCUUUAGGCAUUGGUCCAAUUCCCUGGAUGAUUUGCUCUGAAAUUCUACCAACAGAAAUAAGAAGCAUGGUAGGUUCGACUGCAGGAACGUUUAAUUGGUUCUUGGCUUUCGUAAUCACUAAAUCUUAUUUAAAUUUGGCUCACAUGUUAGGAAAGGAUACAAUGUUUUAUUUGUUUUCUGCAACAUCGGUUGCAGGAACGAUUUUUGUUUUAAUGAUGGUACCUGAAACAAAAGGUAAAAGUGUUGCAGAUAUACAGGAAGAACUGAGUCAUUAAAAUGGUAACAAAUGCCAGAAGUUAGGAUUACCUACUUGAUGAAGAGAUGUUGAAUUUUUAUUAUGUUAUUAAAUUUUGAGUGUUUACAGCUGAUCCUGAUUAGGUACUGAAAAUAUGACAGUUAAAGGAAAUGGAAACUAUACAAUUUACUUUUUCUUUUUCAACACUGUUGGCUCAUUAAUUUACAUGUACAGGUCCACCCUGAGAGCCUGACACUUUGGUCAGAAGGCCAAUCUAGCCUGCAGCAGUUUUUUUUUUCGUCAUGAAAACACCUAUUUUAUCUGUUUUACAUUCUUAGGUACCCUUAAAGUUUUGAUCUCCAAGCCUUGUGCGUAUACGCCAAAUUUGAUAGAAGAACCCUGUGUGCUAAUGCAUCUAUUGUCCUCAUCUAACACAAAACUAAUGUUAUGUUGAAGAUUUCCUUUAGAGACUGUGUGCUUACCACUGAUUUUAGAAAUAAAUAAAUAAACAAUCGUACAGCUUGAUUAGCUAAACUUGUUCGAAAAUUUGGGGUCAAUAGUCUACGAACAGUUGUGCAACUGAACAGCCUAACGCCUGUGCAGUGUCUUACUUUCGAACAACUGUUCUAAAUUUUGAACUAUCCUUCCUUUUCAUUGGCUAUAUUUUGCGCACGCACAGUCCCAAGCAGCACUCCUAUGUUGGGCCAAUAUUGGGACAAUAACUACGAUUUAUUGGCCCAAGUCAGAUCCUCUAUGUUAGUCCAAUAAAAGAUGUGGACAUUCUGCAAUAUUUGUCCAAGAACGUAUGUCAAUAUAUACCCAAAAAUAGAUACCAACGUUGGUACAAUAACGUAACCAAAUGUUGGCCCAAAAAGAAAUAAUCAAUAUCAUAUCAAGAACUUUAUGCAAUAUAGAGCCAAUUGAAAUUACCAAUAUUGGCCCGAAGACGUAUGUAAAUCUUGGCUUUAUAUUAUAUUUAAUUAAGGUAACGGACCAAUUAUAAGGACCGACUAAGAAGUGUUUUCUCUCUGCCGGACCAUCCGUGGACCCAUUUCGCUGUAUCACAACUCAUCAGCACGGUUAAGUCCCGCCAGGGUCCCGCAGAGAGAAAACAACCAAUUUUUGGCUUCAUCCCGGAACCAGGUUUAAGACAGGUGAAGUGAAGACAGAGUCUCCAUCUAUUUUUUGGUCGGCACACCAAGUGCGCACGUUGAAUACCCUAUAUUGGACCAACAUUUUCAAUACAGAAAAUCUAACCUUGGUAAAAAUUAGUAUGUAAAUAUUGACCCUUCAUUGGGCUUUUCAAAAAGUAUCAAUAUUGUGAAAAAAUUGAAAAUAAAUAUUGGGAGUACAAAGUUUUUGAAGUGAAUUUAAAUAUCAAUAAAAAAUUUAAUGCCAAUAUUGAAUUAAUAUUAUAUUACAAUAUUGUUUCGAUAAUAUAAAAUGUAAUAUUUGGCCAAUAUUUCAUUAAUCAAUAUUGUAGUGAGAAAGUCUUGGGCCAAUAUUCAAAUUACUGAAAAGUUAAUUAAUCUAUGAAAACAAUAUUGGUACAAGAUUAUUUUUAAAUAUUGUUUCCACAUAGUUAAAACUAACGUUGCCCCAAUAUUGGUACUGUGUUGAUUUAACAACAAAAUUGAAUAAAUAUUGGCCCAACUGAAAAACGAUGUUUACCCCAUAUUAUGUGCUACUUGGGGUACAUGUAUCUACUGCGCACGCUCACAGCUGUCCCAGUUGUUAACAUUAUGAUCUGGUAAAUUAGCAGCAUUAGAAGCGUUCUUUGUUUAUCCAUUUAUUUUUGAGAUCACUGGUGCUUACUCAUUCGCUUCAAAAAUUACCCUUGCCACUUGAAUCAUAUUAUAUGUGACUAUCUUUUUUUAUUUAAUUCUUUCUUGUAGUGAAUAGUAAAAGUAAAUCGACCGUCCAAUUAUAGUUCUCCAAUACUACUACUUAGACUUCUUUGUCUCUAUAUUGUGAUAUUUUUCUUUAUUUUAUUAUAUUUUAAAAAUAUAAAAAAUAAUUUGCCUCUAAGGUUGAAAGCUGGCCCAUGGCCUUAACUACGCCCAACGUCUCAUAUCCAAUUCCGUCUUUACCAAAAUAAUUAGAUACCUACAACUCUAAUUACCUUCUAAAAUUUAGCGGUCCAAUGAAAAACGAAAAUUUAAAGCAUUUAUUCUCUCACCGAACAGAAACAAAUAUAAAAACAAGUGUUAUCUGGAGAGCUCAGUUUUCAUAAAUAGACACACAAAAAUUUUGCUUCAACCUGAAAAAAAAAAGACAUAUCUUUAAAAAGAUAGAAUAGUGAAAGGUCCACAACAUCUCAAAAAAUUUGAAACAAAAUUUCAUCUUCACGGUGUUGUUAUAGAAUGAUCAUUUUUCCUUUGUCUCUGUUCGGUGGUUUCGUUGUAUACAUAAAUUAUUGUAUCUAUUAAUAUUGUUAUAUAAUUAUAUUUAUAACUAGGUGUGGAAGGGAAAUUUCGGAAUAUAUGGAGGGUCAACAGUCAAAACCCCACUCUUACUUCAUAAUUGAAAAUCCUACUACAAAAUCCAGAAAUGUUUACAAAUUUGUUUAACCUCAUUAAAUGAAAUCAAUAAUUUGUUUAUGAGGAGAUUCUAUUGUACCAGGUGUUUCACCUAAGGAGGCAACCCGCUAUAUCUCAGGAACUAGUAGUCCUAGAGCUUCCAAGUAAUUUUUUUUUUUCAAAAAAAAGGCCAUGAAAAAUUACUGGAAAUAGUUUUCAAGUUUGUAAGUUGACCGCUAGGGGGCGUAACGAACACUAAAUAAAUAUUUUAAAUAACAAAAUUUCCAGGAAAAACCUUCUUGCCUUCCUUUCAGGAUAAAACAAAAAAAAAACCUCAUUUUUUACGGCAAAAACUAAUUGUUUUUUUAAAAGUAGGUACCAGUCCACGAUAUCAAGAAUGAAAUUGAAUUGUACUAAAGGUAUAUUAAGGCCCUUCAUUUUAUAUGUCACCAAAAAACUACAAACAGAAUUAAAAACACAAAAUUAGGACUAAAAUAAAAAAUAUGUAAAAUAGGUGAAUAAAUUGGCUAAUGCCUUUCCAGAUGUUCAGUGUUCACCAUCAUAUCGUCAUCGUAGCCAUGACAGGUAUUCAUGAAAAUUAUAUCCUGCACCGUGCGCGUGCUCCAUUGGUUAAAGCGAUCUUAGUGGGCCAUGCAUUUCUGACAUUUUGUCUAUGUGUCAAAGUCAAAUACAAAUUAAAAAGUUAACAAAACGCAGUUUUCACCAAAACUUACUUAUUUGGAAUUUAUGAACACUUCGAACAUCUGGAAUGGCAUUAGCCAAUUUCUUUAUUUCACAUAUUUUUUAUUUUAGUACUAAUUUUGUGUUUUUGUUUCUGUUUGUAGUUUUUUAGUGGCAUAUAAAAUAAAGGGCUAUAAUAUACCUUUAGUUCAAUUCGAUUUCAAUUCUUGAUAUCGUGGACUGGUAAUUUUGUUAUUUAAAAUAUUUGUUCAUUUAUAUUUUGGACUAGGAUAAAGAUUCAGACUUGCGGUUUUCACCUUUUUCCUUAUUUUUUAAACCUCUUUUUAUCUAAAUUUAAAAAAAAAGCAUCAUUAUUUUUGAAAUUUCCGAGAAAAAAAGGAAAAUUAUCGACUUUUAGACACAGCGCCCCCUAGCGGCAACAAAAUAAUUUAAUUUAGUUAUUUUUGUUAUGAAUUUUAUUAAACAGAAAAAACUCUUCCAAAUGACACCCGAAUCAUUGAAAUCGGUUGAAAAACAAAAAAGUUAUAUGACUUCUGUUCCUAACUAGUUUGAACCUUUCCCCACCUCUUAUUUGAAGAGUUAGGGCAAAAAAUCCUGAACAAAGUUUUCUCGUAAUCUCAUCAAGAUUUCAAUAAGCAUAUUUUUAGGAUACCUUUAGUAGGUCUUUUUGCAGAUAAUCACAUGUUUUCGAGUGUUCGUUGCGACCCCUAGCAGUCAACUUGCAAACUUGAAAACUAUUUCCAGCAAUUUUUCAUGGCCUUUUUUAAAGAAAAAAAAAUUACUUGAAAGAACUAGGACUACUAGUUCUUGAGAUAUUACCGGUUACCUCCUAAGGUGAAACACCACAACGGAAUAUGCGAAUUUGGCAUAGAGUGGGUGUAAGAUAACAAUAAAAAACAGGGAAAAUUGGGGUUCAAGGGACAAUAUUGAAGUAUGUGUAUACUGUCUUCUGAAAACCGAAAAAUAGGAUUUCAAUAAAAUUCUAAGAAAUAUUAUGUAGGUACUAAGAAUAAUAACAUUUUAUUGUUAUCCGACACUCUGUAGAAACAGGAAAAGCUUUCCAUUUCAAGCCGACGGACAAAAAAAAGGUAUGCUGAUGAGGUGGCGUGUCUUAUUUUCCUGUAUAAAAAAAACUUCAAUCUUCACAUAUUUUAAAUUCUAGCUGUAUUUUCGCAGCUAGUUUUUUAUUUUAAUUUGAGUUUAUGUUUCUCUUGAUGAAGAAAGGACUGGAAAUAUAAAUGAUUUUAUUAAAUAAACAAGUUUAGACCUUCCAAAGACCCAAAUUACCGCUUUCACACAUCCAAUUAAUUAGAUACCUACUAAGUAAAGUAAAAAUUAUUGGAUUAUAUAAUAUAGAUUAGCUGUAAGAAUGUGUAUUUCUAGUCCUGUAUGAUGUGAUUUUUAUAGAAGUAUUUAUAAUAAGUUUUAAAAAUACAUAUAUUUUUAUUAAAAUUCUAAGCAUAAAGAAGCUAUGACCUAUGUAAACCAAAUUAAAUAGAAUACAUCUACUUAGACCUGUUUUUUGUUUUCU